AUGGCGGCGGCGGCCUCGGAAGGCGGGCGGGCGGCGGAGUCCCGGCAGGCCGCGCUGUGGGGCCGGGCGCGGAGCCUUUGCCGGCGGCUGCGGGCGCUGCAGGCCCGGCAGGUGGAGCGCCACGUCCGGCAGCAGCUGGCGGGCCUGGCGCGCGGCGUGGGGCGGCCUCCGUCGGGCUCCGCGGCGCUGCGCUCCGAACUCCGGCGCCUGGCCGCCUCCGCCUCCGCCCGCCUCCGCGCCGCCCAGCGCGCCUGCGACUCCGACGCCACCGACGACAGCAGCGCCUCCUCCGCCGCCUCCUCCUCCUCGGCCAGCGAGAGCCCCGACGAGGCGCCCGCCCCGCGCCCCCACGCCCUGCGUUUCAGGCGCCAUCUAGCAGAACGCCAGUGGGCCAUGGAGAGAGCAGCCAUUAUCUGUCGAUGGACGUGGCUGCAGGCUCAAGUUUCUGACUUGGAGUACCGCAUAAGGCAGCAGACAGAUGUUUACAAGCAACUCCGUGCCAGCAAGGGUCCAGUUGUCUUGGGCGAUCUCCAGCACGAAGAUCUUAUGAAGCAGCAAAAUCGAUUAAGCUCUUCAACAGCAGUGAACUCCAGGAGGAAUAAAGUGCUGUCGCCUCCCUCCAACAUGAAGGUGCCUACUGGAGACAGGUCUUGUGGUUUGUCUCCCUGUAUCCCUUCCUACCUCCUGCAGAACACAGAGAAACUGAAUUCUCACCUUUCGCAGUCUUUAAGAAACCUUGUGUGUCAAAGUCCCACCUCUACAUCCAUCAAUGGGGCUCCUGAGCCCUCAAAAGCCUGCACAUCACCCCAUCAAGUCAACGGAAUAAGUAACUGCUUCACCCCAGGUUCCGCAAAGCCCUCCUCCCAGGAUGGUGCAGAUGCUGGCAGGAUUCUCAAGAAACCAAAGCAGCUGAACAACAGUCUGCCCGCCGCACCUUCUCCCCUUGACAACAGCUGUGUCGCUGCCAGAAUCCGUCCAGUUUGCAGAUACAGGAAACGCAGGCUGGUGAGAGCCAGCGCAGUCUCUCACCUUUCAAGGAAGCCCCAGAAACCUCUUUCCCAAAAAUGCAGCUGUGAGCACCCCAGUUCUUGCAUCUUGUGCGAUUGUAAGACCUCCAUUCAGACCAUCGAUCCUGGGACCAUGUCACUGGAGGAGCGGGUUGGUCUGCUGGAUUCUGGCUUCCAUCCCAUCCUCUCAUUUUCUCAUGGCAGACCUCUUCAUAUACACUUUGAAGCCUUGUUAAGGGAGGACCACAGUCUAAGCCAUAAGCUAAAGACUUUGAGGAUGUCCCACUGGGGGAUGAAAGCCUUCACCAGCAAUGAUACAUCUUCUCUCUCUGCAUCUGGUUCUCUGCUUAAAGGGUCAGCCAGUCACAGCUUGCUGAUUCCCAGCUCUCCAGCCCACAAGCCCAGUCACUUGCAUCCCAUGUCCUCAGUGUGCCUAGAAAAUACUUCCGCCUCACCCUUCAACCAUGUCCCUGGCAAUUCCGUGGCUGCUGGCGGCUCAGCGUUGCCUGCAAAGAAGAAAAAAGUAGAAUCAUCCUACGACAUCAAUAACAUAGUGAUCCCAAUGUCAAUGGCUGCAGCCACGCGAGUAGAAAAGCUCCAGUACAAAGAGAUUUUGACACCAAGCUGGAGGAUGGUGGAUCCCAAAGAACUGGAGGCAUUGGGGGAAGCAGGCCCAGAGCUGGAAGACACGUCCGAUGAGGCAUACCUGACCCACCAUCAAAUGUUUGAAGAGCUGGAACGGGCCCACUGGGACUCCUGGGCAGGAACCACAUACUACAGGCGAGGAAACAGGGUCACCAACAAAACAGAUGACCGUUGCCUACCUCAGCCUGGCUCCCUGGAUGCACUGUCUCCUCCCCUUAGCCAUCUCUCUCCCAGGGGGUCUUUCAGCCCAGAGCUUUUCAAUAUCCUCUUUCUCAAGAGCAGGGGCAGAGGAGGCCUGUCAUUCAGUGAAGACACAAGUUUCUCCCUCGCAGAUGCAGAGGAUGAUGUCCAGAGUGUCCAGCCGUGGGAACGCCGAACUUUCCCCCUUUCUGAUGGAGAGUAUCAAGCGCUUCAGGAGCUGCCAGGUGAAGCUUCAGGGAAGGCGGCAAGGGCUGUUCAGCCGUGGGAGUCUGGCCACAAUCAGGACUUGAGGACUGGCAAGAUAAAUGCCGGCCCAUCUCAUGCCAAGGAGUCUCUUCAGUCCACCUGGCAGCUGCAGUCCAAUGGCAGCAGGCACGGAGAAGAUUUUGCAAGCCAGCACUGCAUCCCACCAAGCCUUAUCAACAAUAGAUGAGCUUUUGGGCCUCACAACAAUGCCUGUUAGAGUUGCACCCGUACUCUAGAGAUUGAGCUUGGCAGGUGAGCUGGCCUAGCGGAGCCGUGGCAGCAGGAAGCACCACUGCACACCCAGCAGAGAGAGGUCCAGCUGUGAACUUGGCGCGCGGGCUCCCCCCCCCCUCCCAGAUCAGUGAGGGCAGACAGGCAGCAGAGGCCAACCGCAGAGAGCCUCUGUGGUGGGGGAAGAGGGAGCCACCCAGAAAGGCUGAUGCUUGCCAGUUUAUUCUGAACGGGGGAACUCCAGUGCCUUACUGGCAAGGAAGUCAGGUGCUGCUGCGACAGGUGCAGCAGCCCAAGGAAACCCCCAAAAGGGAGGAGAGGCAAAGAGGUCGAGCCACUCCACAGAGAAUGGAGGCCAAGCAGGAGGGGGAGGCAAGGAAGAACUCAGUUACUCAGGUGACAGAAGGGUGCCAGUCGGCAGAACGUCUCGUCCUCAUGGGCUUGUGGGAAUAGGCAUUGGGGCCUGGUGGCGGAAACUUGCCCCCACAGACCACAGUGGGGCGGGGGGUCCCCCACUGAAGGCAAGGAGAGACUUAGCCAAGGGGCGGGCAGUUGCUGUGCAUGAGCAUUGAAUACAUGCCUGUAGGGGAAGGGGAUGUUUCCCCUCCUAGUUUCAUAUGGUUUUUAGUUCUGAAAUGUAGUUUGAUAAUCACAAACCUUCUAACCACGAAUCAUGUUCUCUUGGCCUUACAGAACAUGCGACAAAUCAUGAUGUAAAUCCUGUUCAUUCUAUGGAUAUUUUCAUUUAUCACCCUGAUAUGUAUAAUAAAAACUGGCAGAACGACUGGUGCAUUCUC